UGUUAAUAGUGGUUGUCAUUACAUUCGCGAUGUGCUAUCUGCCAAGUUAUGUCCUCAAUAUCGCCAGAUACACAAGUGCUCUGGAUCCACUUAAAGCCAAUCGGGCGGCCAUCGUUUGCGUUUUCUGGACCGCUAGAUUCCUCAACUAUUUUAACAGCGCAAUAAAUCCUGUCAUCUACAACUUCAUGAGUGUGAAAUUUCGAAAGCAGUUCAAGACAGCGUGUUUUGGUUGUUACGUCCAUCUCCGUUUCUGUUGUUUCUUUUUGCGUCGUAAGAGACCACUCAGAAGGAGACCCACCCAUAUGCCUAUGACAAUUCUAGAUUCUAGAAGAAGACGAUACAAAAUGUUAAUAUUAAACAUUUAUUUCUUUGCAGUUUAAUAUAAAUAUUAUUUAGGUUGUUA